GGCACAUUUAUGUGCAUAUAUAUCUAUAGCACAAAUCUUCGUUGAAAUAGAAAUGAUACCAUCAUGUGUCUCUAUGUAAAUCCUUACUCAGUACAUGGGACUUCACACCCUAGUGGUGAAUAUUUCAACCUAAAUAGUCAUUUUCUAAAAUCCCUUUUAGUUUGGAGCGUGUAUCGCCAUAAUUUAAUUGUAGUGUUAGCAAUCAUAUUAUUGAACCUGCUGACCCUCCCUCCUGUCCAGUUUUCUGGUAUUUACAAUUGGUAUUUCUGUGUCCCUGGAGUAAUUGCAGAGGCUGCACUGCUGAAGAGGAGCAGAGGCAUCGGAAGAGGGAUACAGAGCAGGACUGACACACAAACCGGGAGUCGGGACUGGAAGGACAGGAGGCAGCAGCACACACAUACUGGCUGAGCAGAAGCAGCAGAGGGAGAAGCCACAGCACUGUACAGGUUGUCUGAUGGAAAGACAGGAAUAGAACAGAAUUCACAAGAGUGGCACAGUCCCCAAUAGACAAGGAGUCUGCAUAUGCUGUUUUGGUAAUAUGGACACAUGGCCUCAAGAGCUGACAGUUGACCAUCGCAAUUGGAGUCUGCAUAUGCUGUUUUGGUAAUAUGGACACAUGGCCUCAAGAGCUGACAGUUGACCAUUGCACUUGGUGAAUACAGGAUUUCUGUAUGUUUAACAGAACACAACACAGAAUGACAUUGAACAGGAAGGGCUGCAUGAGGGACAAACCAACCCUUUUAUUCUUGUGUACUUUUAUGGGCCCUGUAUUUGGCGUGAGGGUACCUUUUCCUGCGACAGUUUAGCAUCUGCUUAUAGAGCGAAGACCCUGCUGUAAAUAACAACAUUACGCUUAUUGUUUUAAAUUAGUAGUCAGCAUUUGUCAAAGUCAACCAUGAAGACCAACUUCGAACAUUUCCUUUGAGCAUUGCCCCCAUGCUAGUGCACCCUUUAACUCUCCAUGUACAUUUUUUCCCCACUCAAUUACCUGCCUGCUCGCCACUGGGGCUGAAGAUUCUAGUUCCUGUCUUCUCCUUCUUUUUCUACGUCUUGCCAUGUCACGUCCAGGCAUCUUGCAAUCAGUAAGUGGUCAGAAUUUUGGAGGUCAAGGGGCUCCUCCAAGAGUUGUGGUCUGGGAGUGGUUAAAUGAGCAUGGACGUUGGAGACCAUAUACUGCAACAGUGUGCCAUCAUAUUGAGAGUGCUCUACGAGAAGAUGGCCGUGGAAGAGUGGCAUUAGGGCAGGUGGACACACAACUAACACCAUAUGUUAUCGAUCUACAGACCAUGCAUCAAUAUCGUCAGGACACAGGUACUGUCCGUCCAGUACGACGCAGUUUCUAUGAGCCAUCUUCUGCCCCUGGCAAGGGUAUAGUAUGGGAAUGGGAAAAUGAUGCAGGUUCCUGGACUCCUUAUGAUACAGAAAUAUGCAUUGCUAUCCAGAAUGCGUAUGAGAAACAGCACCCUUGGCUGGACCUUACCACUCUUGGUUUCUGCUAUUUGGUUCAUUUCCAUAGCAUGUGCCAGGUCAACCGCCAGACACAUCGUAAGCGUCGGCUAAGGAGGCGCAUGGAUCUAGCAUAUCCUCUUACUAUGGGAUCCAUACCCAAGUCUCAAUCAUGGCCUGUGGGGUCUGGUUCUGGGUUACCUUGCUCUUGUCCACAAUGUCUCUUAGUAAAUAGUACUAGAGCAGCCUCCAAUGCUAUUCUAGCAUCGCAGAAAAUCAAGAUUCCCCCUGGACCCCCACCUAACUUGCCACCACCUCCUCCACCACUGCAUCCACCAGGGAUAAGGCAGAGCAGUACAUUUAGUGGGGGAGCUGCAGGGUGGGGCAGAGCAGGAGAAGGAGGUCGUCCUGCAGGAGGAGUCCGAAAUGGCUCAGGAUUUUCCCGUAGUCAAAGUGUACCAGGAGCAGCUGCGUACCCAGGACAGAACAAUCUGAACAGACCAGGGGUGCAGAGAACUAGUGGGAGCAGCAGUAGAGCUUCUAUCCCUCCAGGUGUGCCAGCUCUCCCUGUGAAGAACCUAAAUGGGACAGGCCCUGUGCACCCAGCUCUGGCAGGUAUGACUGGCAUUCUGAUGUGCGCGGCUGGAUUGCCUGUUUGCCUAACCAGAGCCCCUAAACCUAUACUGCACCCCCCACCUGUCAGCAAAGAAGAUAUCAAACCUGUAAGCGGCAUCAGUGGAAUCUGUCGGAAAACCAAGAAAAAGCAUCUAAAGAAAAGCAAAAACCCAGAAGAAGUGGUGCGAAGAUAUAUACAGAAAGUAAAGUCACCACCAGAUGAGGACUGCACAAUCUGCAUGGAGCGUCUGGUCACUGCAUCUGGUUAUGAAGGAGUGCUCAGUCACAAAGGAAUCCGCCCUGACCUGGUUGGGAAGUUGGGGAAGUGCAACCAUAUGUACCAUGUCCUGUGUCUGAUGGCUAUGUAUAACAACGGCAACAGGGAUGGCAGCAUGCAGUGCCCCACCUGUAAGGCAAUUUACGGGGAGAAAACGGGCACACAGCCUCCAGGGAAGAUGGAGUUUCAUGUCAUUCCUCACUCACUGCCAGGAUAUCCUGAGUAUAAGACUAUCCGCAUAGUGUACGAUAUUCCCAGCGGAAUGCAGGGUCCUGAGCAUCCCAACCCAGGACGGAAGUUCACAGCCCGCGGAUUUCCUCGCCACUGCUACUUGCCAGAUAAUGAGAAAGGGAGGAAGGUUUUACGACUGCUAGUGGCAGCAUGGGAUCGACGCCUAAUAUUUGCAAUUGGUACCUCCAGCACGACGGGGGAAUCUAACACAGUGGUGUGGAAUGAGAUUCAUCACAAGACUGAAUUUGGUUCCAACCUUACAGGCCAUGGAUACCCAGAUCCAAACUACCUGGACAAUGUGCUAGCUGAACUUACUUUGCAGGGGGUAACUGAAGAGCGAGCACUUCCCUAUUAAAUCAAAGCUCUGGACUCUUUCAUAAAUAUGGGAAUACAUGUAACCAGGUACAGGGCACUGAGAUUUUUGCUCUGCAAGUUACUGGCCCCUGCUUUUCCAGGGGAUUUAAUCCUACCAGAACUGGAGAUGCCAACUGUACUGCCUUGUUGUAUUUAAAGAUCAAAUGUGUGAUUAAGGCUUCUGCAGAGCAUCAGAGGUGCUCAUUAGUGGUUCAGCGGAGCAUGGAUGCACUUGUCGCAGCAUCUCAGGCUGUACCGGCCUCGCAAUGGCCAAACAUUUCUUUACAAAGCAUGAUGUUAUUGGGGCAGAAACAGUUUUGAUACAGCAAGUCACAUUUACUCAGUGAUUGUUGGAGAGGCAGAAGAUAUGCCCAGGUUUUACAGAAUGUUUUUGGAUUGAAUUUAUUACUGUAACCUAUUAGUCUGAAAAUGUACAGGUCAGUAGCUGGCAUUCACUGCUUGUCUAUAGCAAAAUGCACUACUACCAUGGCCUUCUGACACCAGAGCACUCAGCCGGGCCAUACAUUUCCCUCUCACUAUCUCUUCAAAGCAAGACCCAGGGCAGCCUCUUGUCUCCCAUCUCCUGCGUGACCAAAGUAUGUGUUGUGUGAGGUGUGUCUGUGCUAUACAAAUCAGUACUGUGUAGCUUUCUUCUUCUCAGCAAAGCUAAUAUCGACAACGCCGUGAGUACUGAGCAAUAAGAAACAAAUUAUUAAUACAUAUAUAAUAUUACAUGAGCCGAUGUGCUGGGUCACAAUGACUGAUUUUGGUCACCAAUAUCUAAAAUGUAGCAAUUAUUUGUCCUUAUUAAACUCAAUACUUUGCCUUUUCUGUAAGAUACUUAUAUACAGUAUAUAUAUAUAUAUAAAUUUCAUGUCUACGGUUUAAUAUCGUCUUUUCUUUCUACUGUUAUUGAUAUUCUCAGGCUGCUGCUGCUCAUUACAGCUGACCAUUAAAUUUUGUCUUAAAACUUCUAUCCUAUCAAUUCAUUAUGACUUGAAGAGUAUAUAGGAUAUGUAUAGCACCAUAUAUAAAAAAGUAGACACGCAUUCAGCUUAUUUAACACAGUACUAUAUGAGCAAUUCUGUCUAUAGCAAUCAGUCACAUACUUUAUGUUCUGCAGUGCAUUUGUCUAUUCUACUGUAUUAAUAGAGAAAAAUAUAAUUGAACUGGGUCCAGAGAGGAUCCCAAUACUAUAGGCCCCACACAUAAGGGUGCCCAGAAGUCAAAGGGAACAUUGGAAGGAUGAUUAUUUUGAUGGAGAAUCCAUAUUUGAAAUUAUUCUCAGGACACAGUUCAAUUAUAUUUUCCUCUAUCAAUAUAGUAGAAUAAACAUAUGCACUGCAGAAUUCUGCGGGUUCCCAGCCGAACUCAGACGCUUUAUUGCCGUUUAAAAAAAAGUUUGUCCGGGAACCCAAAACCUCCUGCUAACUCAGACUUCAUUACAUCCGGCCCAAUGUAUGUGGCUGACUGCUGUAGAUAGAUUAGAGCGGUUGGUAUCGGGAUCCCGGUGCUUGGGAUACUUGUAGUCAGAAUACUGAUAGCGGCAUCCCGACAAGCAGGAUCCCAUUACCUGUUCGGUAAGUAUACCAACACUAAUCCCCUACCAUAACCUCCUGCACCACCCAUGCAGCCUAACCCUAACCCUCCCACCCCCGCAGCCUAAACCUAACCCUGCUUCCCCCACAGCGUAACUGCCUAUCUCCGCAGCAACCCUAACCAUCCCACCACAGCCUGACUAACCCAGCCCGGUAUACUUACGAUCCAGAUGCCUGCAGUCAGGAUUCCAGCGCUGGCAUUUUAAUCUAUAUUGGACUUCCAGCAACGGUCUUCUGACCAAUGUUGGCAUUCCUGGCGUCUGCAUUCUGACUGCCAGCAUCCCGAUCACCGAUACAGUGACCGGAUCCCAAUAGUCCUGCAUACAGCCGAUACUUACCUGGUAACUCCCCUCUGUAAAGGCCCUUGUAUAACUAUGUAUAUGGGAAGCCCUAAUAGGUCUGCUCUUCAGAACAUCUUCCCAGAGCUCCUUACACCUUCUAGCCAUUUCUCUAACAAGUACUUGCUGUUAACGUCUUCUAUAAUUAUGACUACCACGUCCAAAGAAAAAAUUCCAAAGUAUCUACUUAAUGUUAUAUAUAUAUAUAUAUAUAUAUAUAUAUAUGCUUUUGUACCCAUUUGUACCCAAGAUAACAGAAUCAUGGCAACCCCCCCACCAGCACCAAUGUCAUCUAUCUAUGAUUAGCACCAAAAUGUUCUCUACAGCUGUGAAAAGGGACCAUUUACCCUAAGAUGCUUACAUAUUUCUCUUAUGUACUCUCUUCCAGACUACUCCUGUACAUAACUAAUAUCAACUUGUUUAUGUACAUAUAUAUUUCUGGAGUUCUCCAAGAAGUUACUAUCCAACUUCAUAGGAAUAUGUUAAAAUAAAUAUAAUUAUUUGUAUAAUGCUAUAGCAAAUUAUUUUGCAUUAGAUGCACACUGGCAUUAGUGCAUUCUAGGUUUCUCUAUAUUUGAUUUAACAUCUGUGUGAUACAGUGCUAUAAAGCAGACUACAUAUUCCAGUUUUCAAAAAGCAGGCAUGGUCAUUGCAAGAUGAACACGGGAUGUAGUCAGCAUGCCGGUGGUUACUGGUUAUAGUGUUACUGAAUUUUUCCUACAAGAUUCAAUGCCGGUUGUUAGGACACCAACUCAUCUGUAUACCUUCAGUAACAGCCUGUUGCUGUGAACUGGUGUCCUGGUGCUGUAAGUAACUUCUUCACCCAGGUAAAACUUUGUAGAUCUAUUCUAGCAUUUCCCCAGUAGCUUUUCACACAAGACAGCAGAGCGUACAUGUAGGAAAUACAUUGUCUGUGCACACCAGCAUCCAAUGCAAAUAUUUUAUUGGCUCAAUGACUCAGAGAUGAGAGGUUGCACCAAGGCCAAGCAGACCUGUGCAAACACUGACAUGUUGAUCUAAUUGUAAAGCGCAAUGGAAUAUGCUGCACUAUAUAAGAAACUGCUAAUAAAUAAAUAAUAAAUAUUGGAGUUGGGACUAUCCCUUUAGUACUUGGCUCUUCAAGUGUAAUACAGUGAAUAGUAUAUCUCCCAAGUAUUUUUCUCUAUACAUCUUGUGUCUUCACUACAUAAGACAUAUCACACAAAUGUCCUCCUACUACACGAGGUCCAGUCCUGCAGGAUGACCCCAUGGUGGUGCCACUUGCUUGGGUUCUGACAGUAUAGCCAGCCAUAGUGAAUCUUGCAGACUCAUGGAUAGAAUAUGAUAUGCUCAUACUGUUUAAAAGACAAGGAGCAGAUUCACCACAUGCCGGUUAGGGUAGUUAUUUAAAUAUCCUGAAUAGUUUCCAGACUUAGACAGAACCUUGACAGAAAAGUGAGGGAGCCAAUUCAAUUAUGGGGGAUUUGCAUUGCUAAUGUACGGCUGCGCAUAUCACUAUGAAUUCUGAUAGAGCAACAGUGCUUAUUUUUACACUCACCCCCUACGAGGAUGCAAGGGAAAAUUGCACCUAUUGUUGUCUCCAUUAGCUGACUUUAUGAGCGCUCAGAUAGCACAUUGACCACAUCACAGAGAAAUGAAUCACCCCUUAGACUCAAAUAACAAUAUUCAAUGUUGUACUUUAUUAAAAAAGCAAUGUAGUGUUUAAUUUUACCUGUGCAACUCUGGUUUCACAGACCUGUUCCCAUUAAAAAAAAUUAUGUGGCACAAGUAAGAUUAUAUUAACGAAAUUGGGGGCUACACGAAUACUGAUUUGAAUCUGAUAACUGCAGUAGAAGAAAUUCCCUGCUGCCUGGUGAAUCGAGCCCAACAGGAUUAGCUGUGUGGAUAUAACUAAAUGCAGAAGUCUACUGCAUCAGAUGUCACUAAAACAUUGCCUCAGUGAUGUGUCUGAGAUCACGCAGAGAAUGGCAGAGUGGAGGCUGUUUUGUGGGUCCUUUGAAGCAAAAAGAGGGCUUAAAUCUUUACCUGCCAAGAGAGACUGCUUCACAGGCAGCUCUAUAAGAGCAGUGUACCACGGCAUGCAUGGAACAACCCUCACCCCAUAUCAUAGCCAUACUUGGCAUGUCCUUGCAUAUGUGAAUAAAAUCCCUAUUGAAAUGAACUAUA